GGCCUAAAGAGGAAAAGAACUUUUGGCCCUCCAGUGACCCCAAUGGAUGCCUUUGUUUUAAAGUUCUGAAGUUUUGAACGAGUGGUUGUACGUGUAGCAGUUACAAGAGAGUUCAUGCGUGAAUGAGGCCUGAAUUGUUUAUCAGCUUUUUCGCUACGUUGAGGCGGUGGCUCGUUUGAUUAAGAGGAGUUGAUAUCCUUCUUCAUCCAUUACUUAUAAAUAAUUUAUAUUAUAUUUUUCUAAUUUUUAUUCUAAUAAAAAUUGUUUAUACUAUACUUUUUUUUUUACUUAUACUAUGCUUUUUGUUUCAAUGGGAAUUUCCAUAAUAAUAUAGGCUGUUUUCACGAAAUAAUUUCACAAAAUAAGAAUCGUUACUUCAUCAAGCAUCGGGAGAAAUUAUUCUUUUUAACUUUGAUACUACAUCACUCAACUUCAACGAGACUUCUAGUAAACUACGACAAGCAAUAAUUCAAACAAUUUCCGUUAGAGUUGCUCUAGCGCAAACUUUCUGGUUACGGAGGAAAAUUCGAACUUAGAAGAGUGUUCUAGCAAUUAUUUUUCUCAAGCUUGAAGUUAAUGUUUUUGUGGCCAGACAAGAUUGGGCUGUCAUGCCCCUAUUCUUACUUCAUUUUAGAGCCCACUAAUUUGGCAAGUUGUCAUAUGUCAUAUUGGAUCAAAUUCAGUGUUAGGUGUUAAUCUACUCCAGCUCGUAUCCCUCAGGAUUUUGACACACAAAUGAACGCGCUGCAAUGGUCCUGAAUCCAAUGAUUCUAUCUUUUACAUUGCAUGUAUUUAUUAUCUAUAUAUAUCUGGCACUACCACUAGUUGCAUAUGUCAGUUGUUUUAUCUGAUCCACACUGGCAUCGCAAGAAAAAAAUUUCUACCUCUAUGCCCUUCUUAAAAUCAUUCAUAAUUCAUUGUAUGAUUUUUGAAAGGAAAAUUAUGGAGUACGUCUAAUAUUAUUUUUUAUUGUAAUUAUUUAUUUUUAUUUUUAUUUUAAUUUAAUAUUUUUAAAUUUAUUUAUUCACAAUUUGAGGUAUCAAAAUCCGUAUUUUCAUUAUAUUUACUUUACGUGUCCGUAAACACAUCCAGUUUAACUUGACAUGUGUUCUAUAGAAGGGUAAGGUUGUCAUUGGACAAUCCUAACUAAAAGUAACGGUGGAUUGGGAGAAGGAAAACGAGGGAAAGCAGUUAAAGAAACGGUUGGUGUCGAAAGGAAAGAAGAGGGAUCCGUAAAUUCCUUCCCAUUGACACAGUCUCACUCUCUCUCUCUCUCUCUCCGGGUCUUGCGCGAUGCCCUAUGGAAACGCUCACACGCGAGAUUGCGAACAAGCUAGAGAGGGAAACAGAAAGGGGCUGGGAAGUUGGAACAGUGUUGAGACACAAUGGCGAAUCCCGAAACCCAACGUCACCGCACACGCCGAAACCGCCGCUCCAAACCCCGGCCGCCGGCGGGAAAGGAUAGGGUUCCGCUGAAGCUGCUGCUGCGGGUGGCGUCGGUUGCCGGUGGCAUUCAGUUUGGCUGGGCCCUGCAGCUCUCUCUUCUCACGCCCUACGUGCAGCAGCUCGGGAUCCCGCACGUGUGGGCCAGCAUCAUAUGGCUCUGUGGGCCUCUCUCUGGGCUCCUCGUCCAGCCCCUUGUGGGCCACUUGAGCGACCGCUGCACCAGCCGCUUCGGCCGCCGGAGGCCCUUUAUUUUGGGCGGAGCAUUGGCGAUCAUCGUCUCUGUUCUAAUCAUCGGUCACUCCGCCGACAUUGGGUGGUGGUUCGGCGACACCACCAAACAUCGCCCCUGGGCUGUGGGCGUUUUUAUUUUCGGCUUUUGGAUUUUGGACGUCGCUAACAACGUCACUCAGGGCCCUUGUAGAGCUUUGCUUGGUGAUCUCACUUGCAAGGAUCAUCGAAGGACACGUGUUGCAAAUUCUUAUUUCUCCUUGUUUAUGGCUAUUGGUAAUAUUCUUGGAUACGCUACUGGCUCAUAUAGUGGCUGGUACAGGGUCUUUACUUUUGCACUUACCCCGGCAUGCAAUAUUAGUUGUGCAAAUCUCAAGUCUGCUUUCUAUCUCGACGUUGUUUUCAUUGUUGUCACCACCUAUAUCAGCAUUGUGUCAGCUCAUGAAGUGCCCUUAAGUUCAAGUGGGGCACAACAAGUUGAAGAAGCAACAGGGGAAUCAGGUGCUGCAGGAGAAGCUUUCCUGUGGGAGCUAUUUGGGACUUUCAGAUAUUUUUCAACCCCUGUAUGGACAAUACUAUCUGUUACUGCUCUAACAUGGAUUGGUUGGUUUCCAUUUCUCCUAUUUGAUACUGAUUGGAUGGGCCGAGAAAUUUAUGGUGGUGAGCCAAAUGAAGGCCCUAAUUAUGAUGCUGGAGUUAGAAUGGGGGCGGUUGGCUUAUUGCUUAAUUCAGUUGUUCUUGGAGUAACAUCAGUACUCAUGGAGAGGCUUUGCAGAAAGCGGGGGCCUGGGUUUGUGUGGGGAAUCUCAAAUAUCCUAAUGGCUGUCUGCUUUGUUGCAAUGCUUGUUGUAACCUAUGUGGCAAAUUACAUUGGCUAUGUAGGCAAAGAUCUACCACCAACUGGCAUUGUGAUAGCUGCAUUGAUAAUCUUUACCAUUCUUGGGUUUCCACUUGCAAUCACUUACAGCGUUCCAUAUGCCUUGAUUUCCACUCAUAUUCAGUCAUUGGGGCUUGGUCAAGGAUUGUCAAUGGGAGUCCUAAAUCUUGCAAUAGUGAUCCCACAGAUGGUGGUGUCCUUGGGAAGUGGACCAUGGGAUCAGCUAUUUGGUGGAGGAAAUACUCCAGCCUUUGGUGUGGCAGCUGUUGCAGCCCUUGUCAGUGGAUUCAUAGCUGUCUUGGCUAUUCCCCAAUCUGGUGGUCAAAAGCCUAGAAGCCAAGUAUGAGUGAGAAUGUUCUGCUUUGUUAACCAUGAGGGACCCUCUACUGGCUGUAAGAAAGGAUGUAUUUUUUGAUGUAAAAGGAACAAUGUAAAAGAAGCAAUUCAUAUAGCACUACUUUUCCAACAUCCUGGCAACUCAAAUAUAAUCAUAAAAGCUGUCACCAAAAUACUGAUUGGAAGAUUAUCUGCAAUCAGUGGAGAAUUUCUUCAUUGUAAAUCAGUACGAUCUGCGUAAGAUGUUGCUUUCAAAGGCUAAUGCAGUGGGAAAGUAGUUGGGGGCAUCUUCUCUAGGUUCCAAAAUUACUCAUGGGCAACAUCCUCUUUCCGACCAAGAUGAGUUGCUGCUGUUUGGGAAUUAUUCCACAUGAAAAAUUCUUUGUUUUGAAGCAAUGCUGAUUGUGCGUCGAUGCUUCUUCAGGCAUGAUGUAUUGGAAUCUUAAAAUUUGUGCGAUUUGUUUGUAUUAGUUAGAUGAAUGUGCUUAGUGGCCAACAGUGAAUAUGUUAAUUGUGCUGAUGGAAACCUUGAUUGGGACACGGUUUUAAUGCCCCAUUUUUUUUUUCUGACACAGUAUAUUUCUUUUAAAAUAAAUCUUGAACGACGGGUUUGAUUUAUAAUGGUCAUUUAAUGUGUACAUUUAA